AUGCCUGUUGCUGUUAUUAGUAUUGCGUUGAAAGGUGGUAUGGCUCAGUUCCUGAGUGGAGCUUUGACACUAUCGUUUAUAACUAUUUGCGCUCUUCCUUUAUUUGCUGUACGCAAUUUGUGGAGGAAGAGAGGCAAGGACCAACCAAGGAUGGAAACUCUGGACAACGAAGUGGCUAGUUUGCGCCGAGAAUUGGAUGUCGCCCAUAGGAGGAACGACAACCUAAAGGAAAUUCUUCUGGAACGAGUCAGGAAGGAGUGUGGCGAGCUCUUGUCGACCAAAGAGGUGGAAAAUGCAGUCUUGCAGGUCCAAGACCUUUUGGACAUGGCCGAGGAGGCAGAUGCUAGAGUUCUGGAAGUAGAGGCCAAGAUGGAGGCUAUCUGCCUAGAGAACCAGAGCCUGCAGAGGAAGGCACUAGAGGACCAGCAGGCUUUGGGCAAUCAUCAGAAGGAAAUUCUAGGACUGAGAGAAAGUCAGGUUGCAAAGGAAAACGAUCUUUUGCAGAAUAAGAAGGAUAUUGCUGAACUGAAAAGGCAAAACGCCUCGGAACAUGAAAAGCUAUUGGAAUAUGAGAGGAUGAACCAAGAGCUACAGAAAGAACUGGCUGGAAAAAAUGAGCAGAUAGAGGGGCUCUUGGUGCAAGAUACCAAUAAGCAAAUGGAACUGGAUGAACUUCGUAAGGAACUAGAGGCGAAAGCGAAAGAAUCUGUCAACUGCAAUGAAAGCAAAGAGCAAUUUGAGAAAAUAAUAGUUGAAAAACAACGAGAAAUCUGUGAGCUUCGAAGAGAGAUAGAAGACAGAGGUAGUGAUACAUACAAGCUUGUUUUUUGUGAGAAGGAAGUUGAAUGUCUCAAGAGGGAAUUAGAAGAAAAGCAAUUGGCUUUUGAUGAACUUGUAAGCCAAAAUGAAAGAAAUGAAAAAGCUUUAAUUGAAAAAGCACUUGAAAAACAAAAAGAAAUUGAUAAACUUCGAAAGGACGUGGAAGACCGAGAGAAAGAAAUGGACACGUAUAUUCAAAAGGAGAAGGAAAUGAAUGAUUUCAAGGAAGAAUUAAAAGACAAGAUAUUACUUUUCGAUAGAAUAUUGAGUCUAAAUGAAAGAAAUGAAAAAGUAGUAAAUGAAAAACAAAAAGAAAUUAAUGAACUUAAAAAGCAAUUGGAAGACAAAGAUAGGGAAAUGGACAGGCGUAUUCAAGACGAGAAGCUCUCCAACUGUGGUCAGAUCACUGGGAAAGAAGACAAAGCAGAUCCUCUCGAGGAGGAACUUGGGGAGAAGGAACAACACGAGAUUGAAGAGCUCCUGAAGGAGUUGAAGAAGAAGCAGCGGGAGAUUGAGGAGCUUUCGUGUCAAAACCUGAGACAAGAAGAGGAACUACAAACGAAGCAGAAGGAAGUUGAACGGAUUGAGAACCUAAGAGAACAAGAUCGGGCCCAGCACUUGGAGUACGUGGAAUCUUGCUUUGGAGAAAUAAACGAGCGCAUAGGCAAGAAGAUCAUCGAGAUGGAAGUAGAGCUCUUUUGUCUACGCGGAGAAGUUCAGCAGAAGAACAGAUUGCUGAAGGAACUUGGAGUCCCGUUGGAAAUUCUCAACCAGGAGCCGGGACAAGUGGAGGAUGAAAAAGGAAGCUCGUCUUCAACAGCUGGUUGCUGA